GACAGGCCAGUGUCAGCUCCCCUUCAUCUUGGCUUGUAGAUCCCUUGGGCUGAAAUGUCUCCAGAUUUCAAGCCAUCGAUCAUCGCUGGUUAAUACAUCUCGGGCAGCCAUCGUGUCUGUAUGCAUCGAUUAUAAAUACAACAUCCCCCCAACAGUAAAGCACAUCGGACUCUUGGAAAAUGUGCGGUCUCUGAAAAAACCCAGAUCCCGAUGAACCAGUAGUCCAGUCAAUCCCGGUGUCUUCCUGAGCGAGAAAGUGCUACACUUUUGAUAUUACAGUUGACGCCUUUGAUCCGGUCAUCACGAUCCCAGUCAACUUGUUUAUUUGAAUUUUGCGGCCCUCUCUCGCUUCUCAGCUGUAUGAACUAAAGACAGUUUCUUAUUUGUCCAUCAGAUUCCAAUAAUCCUUGUUGUACCGUAUUAAAAAUAAGUCGAGUCUUUUUGAAGCUACACCAUCGAUCGAUUGGCGAGACUACGUACAACAACUUGACUCUAUCGAUUUCUGCUUGGUUUUCCGUUCUAAAGCUUCCAGCUACUCCCCCGACUAGCCCCAGCAAUACAUAUUCACCUUCAUCGUCUGAUUCUCAGUACCCGUAGUCUCUUUAACCGCUGACCUUGACGUCCGUAGUCGCAGGCCAAAUCCCGAAGAAACUCCAAUCUACAUACAACAUACCCAGCUUGCUCUCUUUUCCCAUCCCCACCAGCAUCACCCCAGAUCCUUCCUUCCGUGCCGAUUCCUGAUGGCUCCUCGAUCACCACAGAGAAGACAUCUCCCUUAUCUCUCCUCAAAGCUCACCAAGCAUGAUAUCGUCCCUCUGAUGUCGCCUCCAGCUUCCUCCUCCGACUCCUCCUCGGGCUCAACUAACUCUGCAGCCCCCACUCAUUCUUCCUCUUUCCCGUCCCUCAACAACAGCUUGACCAUCGAUUCCCCCAAGAUUCACCAUCAUCAAAAGGCUCACGCGGAACCCAGCUCUACCCAGGCCAACCCGCCCCUCGCCAACAAAGAUUUUGAAACUCCGGUCCUCCUCUCACAGCUCAAACUUGACCCGGCGCCCACCAAGCCUCCAGAGAUCAAACUCGACCACCAAAAAACUGCGCCCGAGAAAUCCCCGGCUCAGCUCACUACUCCAGAGAACGUGGUGAUCGAUGAUGAGGAGAAACCGAGUGACUAUGAUCUUGGUGGCUAUCAUCCCGUCCAGGUCGGCGAACGAUUCCAUCAGGAUCGAUAUCUCAUCGUCCGCAAGCUCGGCUGGGGUCAUUUCAGCACGGUCUGGUUGGCCCACGAUCAACAGCUCGACCGUCACGUUGCCCUCAAAGUGGUCAAGUCAGCCAAGCACUACACUGAGACCGCAGAGGAUGAAAUCAAGCUUCUCGAGCGCGUCUUCACAGCCAACCCCACCCAUCUUGGCUAUGGCCAUGUGGUCUCACUCCUCGAUCACUUCAGACACAAGGGUCCAAACGGCACGCAUGUAUGUAUGGUGUUCGAGGUGCUGGGUGAGAACCUCUUGGGAUUAAUCAAGCGCUACGAGUAUCGAGGGAUCCCCGAGCCGAUCGUCCGGGAGGUUGGCCGUCAGAUUUUACUCGGCCUGGACUAUCUCCACCGCGAAUGCGGCAUCAUCCACACUGACCUCAAGCCUGAGAACGUGUUGAUCUGCAUCGAGGACGUGGAACGAGUGAUUCGCAGCGAGCUGGAGAACCACCAUCUGGUCGGACAUGAGGACUCGCUGAUCGGCGUGCCAUCCUGUCAAGGUCGCGUCGGUAAUCAGACUCCGCGUCAAGUGCCGACCAGUCCCACCAGCUUGAUCACCGGAUCACAGCCCCUUCCCAGCCCACGUGGCUCGAGCACCGCACUUGAUAAGCUGGCUCUCCAAAUCAGCAAGAUUUCCUCCUCCCAGUCCUCGUCUCCCUCUCGUUCUUCCCGGAUUGACUCUUCCCUCUCGCCCGGUCGUCAUCAGCCUGAGUAUGGCACCAUCACCGUCAAGAUUGCCGAUCUGGGGAACGCCAGUUGGGUCACCAAUCAUUUUACCGACGAUAUCCAAACCCGUCAGUAUCGCAGUCCUGAGGCCAUCAUCGGUGCCCCUUGGGGUCGGCGAGUUGACAUUUGGAGCGCAGGUUGCAUGUUGUUUGAGCUCUUGACAGGGGAUUACUUGUUCAACCCUGACGCUGUGGCCAAGCGUUACUCCAAAGAUGAUGAUCACAUUGCCCAAAUCAUUGAAUUGUUAGGCCCGUUUCCAAUCGAUUUCGCCCUCUCGGGCAAGUUCAGCCACGACAUCUUCAAUCGAAGAGGGGAACUGAAGAAGAUUCCUAAACUGAAAUAUUGGAACCUAGAAUCCGUGCUGACUAACAAGUAUGGGGUCGAGAAAGAAUUGGUCUCAAAACUCUCGGAAUGUUUAACGAAGAUGUUGCAAAUCGAUCCUGCCAAACGAUGGAAGGCAUGGGAGAUCCUCAAUGAUGAUGGAAGCUGGUUGGGAACCGAUGAAUAGUCAAGCCAAGUUCCCUCAAAUUAGUAUUGCUACGGUUUAGUACACGGGUUUCGGAUCUACAACAGAAACAAAAAAAAGUCAUCUAUAAUCCCUCAUAUAAAUACGAUCUAGUUCCCACAAUUCACGCAGUGGCCGAUGUUUGGUCAACGUCCUGGCUCGAUCAGUUGUCUGCUUCUUUUUCUCUUGGUGGUUGUCCCACAUACAAAUGUAAACCCUCGAUCCGGAUUGGCAUGGAAUGAACAGCAGUCGUCAAUUGUAAUAUUAUUCUCUCCACCUCUUUACGAUUAUUCAGGUCUUAUUAUCAGUCUCUUGCUUCCUUCCACCUCAGCUGAAGAACUACACAACUUCUCGUCUUGUCAUCAUCACUUUCCUCGUCUGGUCUCGCUUCCCUCUCGCUCGUGAUCUCUCUUCCUUCCUUCUUGUCCUCUUUCUUUUCCUCUCUGCUUAUCUUAUCUUGUUUGUUUUUUUGUUCUUGUUCUUGUAAAAACAACGCGCAGUUCAUGCUUGUUUGAAACCUGGUCGCCCGAUCUCUUGUCUUCUUGAUCCUUCUGUAAUCCUUUCGUCGGGCCUCAUACCGAUCCUUUUUUCAUUCCCGCUUCCCUGUCUUUCUCCCUUGUUACUAUUAACUUGCACUGCUGCUUGUCGCCAUACUCCUCUUUCACGUCUUCCGGUUUUUGAUGAUCAGUGCCCUCAUGACUCAUGAAAUGAACAAAUCAUUCUUUCUCAGGUCUACUCAUAUUCAUGUCCC